UCUAUGAGUACAUCUAAUUUACCACAGUGUGGUAGUAUGGAGCUGCUGUCCAUGUAAUGUCCUCCCUGAAGAACCUGAUGGCAUCAGCGUUUAAGCAUUUUUCUUGUUGCCAUGUAUGGAAAUUGAUCACCGGUUAUUGGCUUGUGAUGGCUGUGAGAGUCUGAUGUUGGAGGGAAUUGAUGCUGUUUGUUUUACAGGUCCGCAAUGAGUUUUAUAAGGACUCUCAAGGGGUGAUUCUGGUCUAUGAUGUUGGUCUGAGGGAGAGUUUUGAUGCUCUGGACAGCUGGUUCACAGAGAUGAAGCAGGAAAUGGGCUCACAGGCCAACAUGGAGAACAUCAUCUUCGUCGUGUGUGCCAACAAGGUUGACCUGACGAAAAGACGAGUUGUGGAUGAGAGUGAGGGGAAACUUUGGGCCGAGAGCAGAGGAUUUCAUUACUUUGAAACUUCUGCACAGAGUGGUGAAGGCAUCAAUGAAAUGUUUCAGGCCUUUUUCUCAUCCAUUACUGACAUGUGUGAAAAUGGAGGGAAGAGACCCACUUCAGAGGUCAAUGUAGGUUUUACUAAAGAGCAGGCCGACACCAUCCGACGCAUCCGCAACAGCAAAGACAGCUGGGAUAUGCUGGGGGUUAAACCUGGGGCCACAAGGGAGGAAGUCAACAAGGCAUACAGGAAGUUGGCUGUACUGUUGCACCCGGACAAGUGUGUGGCCCCAGGCAGUGAGGAUGCCUUUAAAGCAGUGGUUAAUGCUCGCACAUCGCUGCUCAAGAAUAUCAAUUGAUCAGCUUCACAUUGCCAUUAGUUGGAGUUGGAGAGUUACCUCGCAUUUGCAGAGUUCCCUUCUCAGUGAAGAAUACGCUUAAGACACAUGGAGAAGCCUCUGGACUCCAACAAAGACUUACUAACAGCUGAGUUUGACAUACAGCUAUGACACUGUUUAUACUAUGACGUACAGCUGUCCUGUUUAUAAUGUAAUAUACAUGUUGAUGUCAAAAGUUGUAGUAGGGAAACAACAAUAAUGAUGUAAGAUUUCAGCCCAAAUCAUGUGCAUGUCACAUUGUCUUGGAGCAUGAGGAUGACCCUUCUUUUCCCAGUCUGUCCUGUGACUGUUGUGCUGCUUUGCUUCCAUAGAUGUACAGGUGAAAGACCACUUAUUUACCAACUGAUUUACGAGUCAGACUUGGCAUUCUAAUAGUGUUGUUUAAUCCCG